UCUGCAGACGUGCUCAUAAGUGCACUCUUUCGCGGAAAGUGUAGAGGGAAGGUGUCGCGUAGUUUACCAAUCCUUCUUUUCAUAUUCUUUACGAUGGCGAGCAAAUAUAAUACAUCUGUAAGUGGAUGUACUGGGCAAGUAGUCAUCGGCGAUAAUGCAAAAGUCAGCAUAGUGCGACGACAAGUUGCUAGCACAUCUAUCAAAGAUGAGCAACCAUCCACUAUCCAAGUUGAGUCUGGUUUUCCUCUCCAGGAAACAACAGAGCAUGAAAUACCAUCAGUAACACUAAAAAAAGGAUAUGUGUUGAUCAUCAAUAACCAAGAGUUCCCUAGUCGUUCAGAUGUAGAGCGCAAAGGGUCUGCAGAAGAUGUGAAACAACUCUACCAACUGUUUGAUGAUUUUGGGAUGACGGUUAAAACAAUUCAGAAUAAAACCAGUUUGGAAAUGCUUGAACUUCUAGAAGAGACUUCAGAAAAAGACUUUACAAAGUUUGAUUGCUUUAUCUGCAUAAUUCUUAGCCAUGGCUCCCAUAGUGGGAUCUAUGGUGUUGAUGAGAAGGCUGUGCAAGUUGAGUCCCUCACAAAUAAGUUUAGGGGAAGUACCUGCCCCUCACUACAAGGAAAGCCCAAGGUGUUUUUCCUGCAAGCCUGCAGGGGAGCCAAAAAAGAGUUAGUUGCCGUUGAGAGCGACAGUGAGCCUGUGCCUAUUCGUCACUCUGGCCUUCCUUCAGAUUCAGAUUUUCUCAUCUGCUACGCUUCUUCUCCUGGGUAUGAAAGCUACCGAAAUCCUGAGCUUGGCUCUUGGUUCAUUAGAAGCAUUGUGGAUGUAUUCCAAAACUUUGGCGAAACUGAACAUCUAAUGGAUCUUAUGCUACGGGUGAAUCACAGAGUUGCGUCCCUCAACAGUAAUUUGGGACAUAAACAGAUGCCAUCCGAAGUCUGCAUGCUAACCAGGAAGGUUUACUUCAAUGCUCCUUAAUUAUUAAAAUUAACAAUUAUCAUAUAACGGUUCUUUAUAGGAAUACUUUGGAUACUGAUGAUGACUAGUCUAGUCCCUAUAUCCAAAAUAUGGCAGGUAUAUGGUCAUUAGCUUUAGUGGCAAAUAAGCGAGUAAGGAAAAAGUUGGGAAAAAUAUUAGGUGAACUUAUUUUGUAAUGUUGAGACUUAUUCACUACUAUAUGUGAAGUAAAAUAUGGUAGAAUCCUGUUGUUACUGAAUGGAUAAAUGGUUAAAUAUUAAUUGACUUGUUAAUGCAUAUUUUCUAGGGCUUUUUGCAUAAACUGAAUGCUCAAUUACUAUUUUAAAAUAUCCAGCAUGCAGUUAAACCUCAUUCUAUCCUUUAAGUGUUAAAUGUUACAAUAAUGGUACAAAGGUUCAACUUAUAUUUCUUAAUAUGAUAGAAUUUUGAAAUAUUUUAAACCAGAAUAACAUUUUUUAUAGAUAAGGGUGGAUGAGAGUUCCACUAUUUCUAGUUCUCACAGGGUUGGAUCAAAAGGCUGAUCAAACUUUUCUCUCAUCAACUCACACUGUGACAACUCUCAUCAACUCUUAUGUCGAAUUUGAACAUGUUCAAAGUGAAUGAGAGUUGGUGAGAGUGCAUGGUCAAAUGGACAUGAGAGUUGGGAUUCUCAUAGACUUUCAUCUCCAUUUAAUUGAGGCUUAAGAAAGGGGGAAAAAGUGUUUAUUAUAUCACCAAUAGCUUUGCUUUGUAGAUACAAGCCUUCGACUUUUGUGGUAAAGUAAAUGUUUUCUUUAUAAGUAUUAUGAAAAUAUAGGUAGCUAUGUUGUAAAGGGCCGUUCUGCAGAUAAUGAGGUUGCUGUGAUUUUACAGGCCAGUGUUCAUUUAGUGCUGUAUUGUGAAUAUUUGCAAUUUCUUUUCUUGGAUUAGGAUAAAGCUAGAAGCCAAAACACUUGGUUAGAAGAGCAGAGAAUGUGGUUAUUUGGUAAAAAAAAACUGCAAACAUUCACAAUAAAGCUGUAGACAAACUCUAACCUAAUCCUCGCAUUCAUCUACCUCAUCUUUAAUUACAUCAUCUGGAAAAUGGUACCCUGGAAGUAAGUGGUUUAUUAUAACAAAAUACUCUUUUAACAAUCAAGAUUAAUUGUUGUAGUAAUAAAGAAAUAGACAUGGCUGUA